UAAAAAAAUUACAGGUAUUUGGGUAUCCGUAACCCUUAAAAAACGGGACGGGUAUGAGUAUACCCAUAUACCCAUUUCCCGUUGCCCACCCCUCAUGGUCAGACCUAUUAACUAACAAUCAACGCACUAGUUCACUUGCUCAUUGCCAAAUCAAUAGAGAUACUCAAAAUAUUUGAUUUUUUCUACCUAUUACCAUUUAUUUUUAAUGUCUUUUCCUUUAUCUUUUUUCCACCUAUUACUAGGACCAACACUUUUUUCCGCCUAUUAUGUAAUCGGUACCCACGGCGGAUUCAGGGUCUGCCACUGGGUCACGGUCCAGUCCUCUCCUGAAUUCAAAGCUAGUAUAAUCCUUGUAAAUUUUCAAAUUUAGAUAUUCGUUUUAGUACUUAUAGGAUUACGAUCCAAUCCUUUUCGCCUCUUUUUAAAUGUGGGCCAGUAUUCUACCCAUUCCUCAAUCCCCUUCUUUCUUGAAUCGCCGGAACUUGAAUCACCGGUACUUGCGCAGGAAUACGAAAACUGCCCCAAAUCUUGCCGGCCGGCCAGAACACUCCAAUGGCUCAGCUACGUACUUCGUCGUGAUAGCUUUAACGUAUACCCUCACGUAAAUACAUACACAGACGAAAAACAAACCUAGGCUACUACUUAACUUUCCAGAUUUUCAUCAUUGUCCAAUUAAUGAAUGUCCACGCUUUGUGAUCUCCCUACUUUCCAUUUUUGGCCGUCUCAUUAUUUUGUUUUCUAUUAGGAGAGAAACAACCAAUACAAAGACAAAUUCUAUUAUGAUAGGAACAAGAUAUGUAUAGAGGAGUACAAUACUACUUUCUAAGUAAAUCCUAUCAGCUCCAAACUAAAUUAUUUUGCAUUCAAACAAGGAAAUAGCUAGCCCACAGGUGCUAUAGAAUUUGAAGGGGAGAAAAGACUAGUAAAAUAAGAAUGAACCUGCUACAAUAAAUCUAAAACUCGAAGUUAAUCAACUAAGCUACAGAGUAGUGUUUCCUUCCCCCACUGCGAACUAUAUAUUUCCAGCUAGCUAGCUCGCUCCCCAAAAACCGAACUGUGCACCAUUUAACAAAGAUGAGUACCGUUACCAUGACCCAACUUCUUCAAAACUUAACUUCUUCUCUUCUACUAAUUAUGAUCACUACCCUCUUUUUACUCUCCUCCGGCUUAUCGGAACAAGCUGUUUCCGGUGACGGAGAGUUGAAAACUUACAUGGUCCUUUUGAGACGACCGGAAGGUGCAGCGUUUUCUCUCCAAUCAGACGAUGACGGGGACGAGUGGUACCAUUCAUUCUUGCCUCCAAGUACUGCUUCAGAUGGACCGCGGCCGUUGGUCCACCGUUACCGGCACGCGGUGACGGGGUUCGCCGCCGAGCUGACGGCGGAAGAAGUGAAGGCGAUGGAAACGAAAGAAGGGUUCGUGAGAGCCUGGCCGGACAAGACUCUGUCUCUGGCCACCACGCACAGCCAGGAGUUCAUGGGAUUGCACCAAAACGCUGGCGUUUGGAAGUCCACUAACUACGGCAAGGGAGUAAUUAUUGGAGUUGUGGACACAGGAACAACGCCAGGUCACCCAUCAUUUAGCGACGAGAACAUGCCUCCGCCGCCGGCAAAAUGGAAAGGUAAAUGUGAGCUCGCCUACGGCUCCACUUGCAACAAAAAGCUAAUUGGGGCGCGUAACUUCUACGCGCCGGGAACUCCCAUGGCCGACGACGACAACGGCCACGGCACCCUCACUUCGAGCAUAGCAGCGGGCAGCCCGGUCAAAGGCGCGAGUUUGUUUGGGCAGGCGAACGGGACGGCCGUCGGCACCGCACCGCUGGCCCACGUGGCCGUCUACAAGGCCUGCAGCGCCGACGGCAAGUGUCCUCAGAGCGCCGUGCUUGCCGCGAUCGACGCCGCCGUGGAGGACGGCGUCGACGUGAUUUCGCUCUCCAUGGAAGCCGAUUCGGCCCCCUACUACGAGGACCCAAUGGCGAUUGGAGCGUACGGGGCGAUUCGGAAGGGAGUUUUUGUGAGCUUCGCAGCUGGAAACGGCGGCCCGGGCGCCGGCACCGUCGUGAAUGAUUCGCCGUGGGUUCUGACGGUCGGAGCGAGUACGAUUAACCGGAAAAUCAAAGCGACGGUGCUAUUGGGUAAUAACGCGGAGCUGGUAGGCGAGUCCCUUACACAGCCUAGCGAUUUCCCUUUGACGUUGUUGCCGCUCAUUUACGCCGGCUCCGGGACGAAUGCAUCUUCUGCUUUCUGCAUUCCAGGAUCGUUGAAGAGCAUGGACGUUAAGGGGAAAAUUGUGUUAUGUACCAAACUCAAUGGCAGUAACAGAGCAACAAGAAUUGCCGCCGGCCAAGAAGUGAAAGACAACGGCGGGGCCGCCAUGAUCCUAAUGAACGAGCAAGUAGGUGAUUCAGUGACUAGACCCGACCCGCACGUGCUCCCGGCAUCACACGUGAGCAACGACGCCGGAUACUUCAUCAAAACCUACAUAAGGUCAACGCCGUCGCCGACGGCCACCAUUGUGUUCAAAGGCACCGUGCUGCUGGUCCCGGACGCACCCCAACUCGCCAUGUUCUCAUCGAGAGGCCCAAGCCCACAAACUUCUGGGAUAUUGAAACCCGACGUUAUUGGGCCCGGGGUGAACAUCCUGGCGGCUUACCCAACAUCACAGGAAAAUACCCAGAAUACCCCCUUCGCUAUGGCUUCGGGGACUUCGCUGUCUACACCUCACCUGAGUGGAGUUGCUGCCCUUGUCAAAACCGCUCACCCUGAUUGGUCACCUGCAGCCAUCAAAUCCGCCAUCAUGACAACGACAUAUGUACUAAAUCCCGACAACAAAGGUAUCGUCGACGAAGAUUUCCAGACCGUAGGGUGUUUCGAUAUGGGUGCGGGUCAUGUCAACCCGGAGAGAGCGAUCCACCCGGGUUUGGUUUACGAUAUUGAACCGGAGGAUUACGUCGGCUUUAUGUGUGGUUUGGGUUACAAUGACACGGAAGUUAGCGUUGUUGUGAAUCGUGGAGUAAGCUGCUCGAACCGGUCUAGCAUUACUGCUUCUCAAUUGAAUUACCCAUCGAUUUCGGUCACGUUGGGUUGGACCUCACAGACUUACACGAGGAUCGUGACGAAUGUUGGAGUGGCGAACUCGUCUUAUCGGGUCAACAUUGUCAAGCCGGAGGGUGUAUAUGUCAAAGUAAAACCCACCAUACUCGUGUUUCAAGAAUUGAACCAGAAGUUGACGUAUUCGGUCACGUUUAACAGGAAGCAAGGAGUCAUGAGAUCUCGUGCACUGGCACAAGGCUCGAUGAGUUGGUUUUCUUUCAGUGGAUUUGUGGUUACAAGUCGAAUCACAGUCCUUUGAAUACUGACCAAUUGAUUCAUGAUAUAUACUGGGGUUGUAGAAUUUGCCUUUCCGACGUGCUUGUAUUUGCUAAGAACAACUUUUAGAUAUUCGUGCACGUUGUAUCGAUUGGUUUUUAUGCAAUGAAUGUAUCAUUUGAAGUGGUUAGAAAUGUUGAGGGCAAGUAAUUUUGAUUGAAUAAAAUCAUGAUGUAUUUGGGUUCUAUAUGAGUUUGAUUAAUAGAUUCUAGCAUUAUUUUUAAUCACAAAUUAUUUUACGUGAUUUAGAUAUAUAGAACAUUCAUUGACAAAUCAGUGGAGAUCAUGCUUUCAUGCCCGAGCUUAGUGCGGUCUAGAGGUGGUAUUUGGUUGGUGGAUUCAAGCCUAAACAUUUUUAACAUCUGAAGUGAUUCGUUUGAACUUUGCAAAUCCAUCAGCUUAGCUCCCAUGGCUUGGCAUUUUAGUGGUCUAUAUGACUUUAUCACGAUAGGAACGAUGUUAUAUAAUAUCACUAACACAUUGCCUUACUGGAACUAACAUGUUUCCUAACAUGGUAUUAAACUCUUCUGUAAUUGAGAGGUAUUUUGUUUGAAUUCUGAUAACUAGCUCCCUUUAGCUCUCACUGAUAAGUACAUGACGUCUGAUAUACUUGUGUAAACUUCAAGUCUAUAUGAGUGGUUUUCGGUUGAAAAAGUGUUUGUAUGUGACAUUAGAUUCAUAAUCCGAUCUCUUCCAACAACUCAAGUCACUGAGAUCAACCUGUUCUUGACAAGAUCCAAAUUUGAGACUAAAUCUUCUCUAAAAUGUCAGUUUAAUGACACGGAAGUUAGCGUUGUUGUGAAUCGUGGAGUAAGCUGCUCGAACCGGUCUAGCAUUACUGCUUCUCAAUUGAAUUACCCAUCAAUUUCGGUCAUGUUGGGUUGGACCUCACAGACUUACACGAGGAUCGUGACGAAUGUUGGAGUGGCGACUAGGACUAUUAGAGAUUCUGUAAGUAUUGGCACUGGUUUAUCUAAACAUCCCUCUCUCUCUGUUUUAGCCCCACCCUUAAUGCAAAAGAAAAAGGAAUUUUCCACACAAUCUUCUCACUUGACCAGACAGCAGAGUCAAGGAGACUUGCAUUUGGAGAAACAGCAGCACGCGGAAAGUAGUCAGCCAACAACACUCAUGGGAUCCAAACGUAAGGGAGGAGUUACGGUGCUAAUUGUACAAUAGUUAGCACCGUCCUAACCAAGGGAAAAACUACUACUAGUUUGAAUUAGUAGUGAUUUAGUUUAGAUGUUGUAUUGAUUUUAUAAUAAUCCGUAGUGAUUUCGUUAUUUUUAGUAGCGUUUUUUUUGCUAGUUAUCACGGUGCUAACCCCUAUAAGGGUUAGCACCUAAUCUCAUCCCCGUGCGAAAGAGAAACAACAUUACCCGGACCAGGAUCAAUACUUGCCCCUCUCCAAAACAAGACACCCACCUUGAAAAUGUUAGCCCAAACAGAGCUAUUAAACCCUUCCUCGAUCUUUCUAGUUUUCCAUUCUGAAACAGGGCUUGAAUACUUCACAUUAAUAAGCAGUCUCCACCAACUCCCUCUUUCGGCUGUGUAUUUCCAUAACCACUUGCCAAGUAAAGCAUUGUUGAAACA